GAAGAAAAGUUGAGUUUACAAAGUUCGGGAGAAGAGAGUCGGCCGAGGAGAGGAGAAGAAAGUUAUCUCGGAAGUUUUUCACAGGGCGAAACAAAUGAGAUGGUUUUCUUAAACUUUGUUGGGAUAAAAUAGAGAUUAUUAUUAUUAUUAUUAUUAUUAUUAUUAUUAUUAUUAUUAUUAUUAUAAGAAGAAGAAUUAGUACCGGGGACUUAAACGAGUUUAAAGGAAAAAACGGGCCUCGUUUGAGAAACUUUCUUACUUUUUUUUUUUUUUUUGGUGAAAAGCAAACCGUUAGUUUGUUAUUAAUUUAUUUAGUUAAGAAAACAACAAACAGAAAUGAGCACCAACCCAGUUCAGCCUCUCCCGGGCCAGCAAGUGAUCCAUGUCGCCAAGGACCCGGACACGGACCUCGAGGCGCUCUUUAACGCCGUGUUGAACCCGCGGCCGAGCUCCUGGAGGAAGAAACACCUGCCCGAGUCGUUCUUUAAGGAGCCCGACUCCGGUUCCCACUCUCGCCAAUCCAGCACGGACUCGGGCAGCCAGCAGCCGCCCAGACUCCCGCCGCAGCACGUGCGCUCUCACUCUUCCCCCGCCUCACUGCAGCUCAGACCCGGAGCGCUCGCGGCCGCCUCCGCCGCCGUCACCGCGAGCCCCGUGCAGCACGCGCACAGCCGCCACCAGUCCUUCGAUGUCACCGACGAGCUGCCGCUGCCGCCCGGAUGGGAGAUGGCGUACACAUCCACCGGCCAGAAAUACUUUCUCAAUCACGUUGAGAAGAUCACCACAUGGCAAGAUCCACGCAAGACCAUGGCAGCCAGCAUGAAUCAGAUGAGUCUUCACGUUCAGGCUACCAGCAAUAAUGGUGGUGUACAGGGGCGCUCCAUGGCCCUGUCACAGCCAAACCUCGCAAUGUCCCAGCAUCAGCACCAUCAGCAGCAUCUCCAGCAUGCUCAGCACCAGCAGCAGCCGCAGCAGCAGGUACAGGCUCAGUCUCAGGCCCUGGGCUCAAGUGGCUCCAUGCCCCAGCAGCAGAGCUCUCAGUCUGGUAUGAUGGGAAUGGGCAACGCAUUGAGCGCCCAGCAACAGCACCAGCAGAAGAUGCGACUGCAGCGCAUCCAGCUUGAGAGGGAGCGCAUUCAGAGGAGGCAUGAGGAGCUGAGGAGACAGGAGGUGGCGCUCUGCAGACAGAUCCCCAUGGAUUCGGACAACAUGGCAUCCGUAGCUCCUACCAUCAAUCCAGCUGCCAUGAACCAAGGCACUAUUCCAACCAGUGGCUCAGACCCCUUUCUGAACAGUGGGCCAUACCAUUCACGUGAGCAGAGCACAGACAGCGGCCUGGGCCUGGGCUGCUACAGCAUCCCCACCACUCCUGAGGAUUUUCUUAGCAACAUGGAGGAGAUGGACACAGGUGAUAACAUGGUGCCAGUCAACAUGAACGUGCCACAGCAGAGCCGUUUCCCCGACUUCCUAGACUCCAUGCCUGGCACUAACGUGGACCUGGGCACCCUGGACGGCACAGACCUCAUGCCCAUCCUCAACGAUGUGGAGUCUGUUCUGAACAAGAAUGAGCCUUUUCUCACCUGGCUCUAAAGAGGCACCGAGGCUCCAAGGGGAAGGCUAAAGACUUUUAGCAGCAGUGCUACCUUUCUGAAUUUUAACUCAAUCAGUCUCUCCGCUCUCUCGUUUGUAAUGUGCCUAUAUUGCUCCUUUUUUUUUACUUUUUAAAUCCUGGUUACUGUAAAUUUUCUGAGUGAAGAGUAUAACAGAAACCAAAGUGUUCAGCUUAAAAACAAAGAACAAGCAUACGUCAAUCAAAUUUGUUCAGGUGUGGUGGAAAAGUCAUAUGUAUUUUGUAUAUACUGUAGGAUAGAGUAGAUUUUUACUGUCACUGAGUGUCGCUUGAUCAAAAAUGUCAUUCCUCUGGCUUUGGGCAGGACUGAACAGCUAUUUGUUGCUGUCGGUUUCCAUUAAAAAAAAAAAAAAGUGUUGAUGUAGGGACACUUGGUAGGCACCAGCAGAGGGAGCCGCUGCCUCCAUGAUGAACUGGAGACUAUGUUGGCUUCAAUGAUGUACACAUAUUAAGCAUGUUAGCCAGUUCAACCUUAUCUGCACUAAAGGGGAGCCUUACUGAUCAAUUAACAUUCAAGCGGCCUUAUGAACAAACUUUCCUUUCUUCGCAGACACCAGAUACGUUUCCUACUGUAAUGAAUUUCAGCACAAAAGCUUUGUCAUAACUCCAAUUUUCAGUUUUGUGUCAAAAGCAACAAUAUUUCAUUCGCAUUUAGAGGAUUAUACUCAAGCUGAUCCAAGUUUAGCUAUUGUAUCAAGUAAGCUCAUGCCUCUGAAAUAUAGCAGUUUGCAUCUGUAGACCUACAUUUUAUACCAUGUACUUUUUGUGUACUGCUUCAGUAUUCCUUUAUUUUAUUUUAUUUUUUACUGUUAAAUACUCUAGAUGUGUCCUUUUACAUCUGGUGCAUUUUAUGAGUUUUGAUAUAGAGUUUGCCUUUUUAGUAUUUAUCGAGAGCUAUGAUUUUUUUUUAAAAUAGUUUUAGUUCUUUUUUUUUAAAUGAAAUUGAAAUUUCAAAGCACUACAAAUCAACACGGGGUUGAGUUGGAUCUUGUAAGUAAAUGUUGAAGUUUCAUGUGACGGUUCCUGCUCUGUGUUUCUUCACUGUACUGUGAGGUUCUUUAAUCCGUUUAAUCCGAAGCAGACUACGUGUUGGAGUCUUCUGCGUAGUAGGACUGCCUUUAACUCAGCGGUGAACAGGUUUUAUAAUAAUCUGCAGGGAAUAUGCAAAACAAGAGUAUUUUCUAGCAACCAGAAAUGAUCGUCUCUGAAUUUUCGGGUAUCGAAUGACGAACACUCGGAACUGGAUGAGCGUGGGUGAUCACAUGAUCUUGCUUUAUUUCUUUAGCUAAGCCGAAAUCCAGUGACCUUUUUCUAUAUCUGUAAUAUUUUUGUAUUGGAUGUUAAAUGAUGUGUUAGCUAUUCCUAGCAUUGGUGGUGUAUAAAGCCACCUUAUAUUGAUUACGUAGCAUAUCGUUAUUUUGUAUACUGGCAACAGUUCAUGGGCAAAGGAUGGAUGGAUAAACUGAUAGGCUUUGUCGGUGGGUGGGUGGGGGAGCAGUGGUGGUGAUGCAUCAUUAUUUCUGGGUUAAACUGAACUCAUGAAAUCCUUUAGUCAGGAUUGAUUGGUUAAGUAUUGAAUCUUUUGAGCAAGUACAUGCUGGAACCCAGCUGACCACUUUCUAAAUGUGUAAGAUGGAAAAGAUACAAAAAAGUAUGUGCUUUUUUUUCUCUUUUUAUCCACGGAGAGGAAAGGCCAUGUGGUUAAAGUCAGCCACAAAAACGAGUGGUUCCUGAAUGGCUUCCUGUUAUUUUGUUCUAUACAUAAAGUGAUUAUUCCAGGGCUAGAGCAUGGCGUAGGUUAUUGUUAAUAAGCACAGUGUUUGCAUCUGAUCAUCUAUGCAUGUUAGAGCAAUACAUUUACACAAAGCAAUAAGUUGGACAGAAAGGAGGUGUUUUACUAGUUUUAUUGAGUGGUGUAAAAAAAAAAACCUAAAGUGAUUCUCUGUAGCAUUAUGUAAAAGCAUGGUUGUGUAGCACACACACUACCUAGUCACGGUAACACGGGGAGGUUAUGUUUGUUAGAUUCUGGGGAUGUUCGAGGAAGGCUUUGAAAACACAUACACACUGAAACAAAAUGACCGCUUACUGUAUUUUUGGGAUGUAUGGAGGCGAUUGUAAGAACUAUAACCUCACAAAGAAAUAUCUGAAAUUGAAGUGUAACUUGUUGAGCAACCAAAAAAAAAAAAAAAGAAUAAAAUUGUGUACCACAGAA